GUCAAUUGUAAUUAACCUUCGAAAUGUAUUUGUUUAUCAUUUUUAAUGUUUUUGAUUAAGUGAUAAAAUGCCUUCAAUUCCUAUAAAAUGUGGUACUCCGGUAUCAUUCGUUUUUUGAGACGAAGGGUUAUUUUAGGCCUCAUUUUAUCACUUUCAUUUUGCUAUUGUAUGUUCUGCUACUUAGGAAAGAGGGACUUUCUUGACAAUGAUGACAUAGUACCUAUUCGAAGGAGUCAACCUUUUAUUUGGCGGACCUUACAGCAACAUAAUUCCACAAAUGAAGAGGAAAAAAAUUGUCGAAAUUCAGUCCAGGGAAAAGUAUUGAUUGUGGACGAAAGAGGAUUCAUUUGCCCUCGCAAUGAAGUAUUACAAACUGGAUGUUGUAACGAUGAUUCUCAACUUGUCGUUCAAUAUUCAUGUGAAACUUGUAAACCAACAAACUGUUGUGCAAUAUACGAAUAUUGCAUUUCCUGUUGUUUACAUCCGGAUAAGAGAGAAGUUUUGGAAAAUGUUCUUGGCAAAGCAACAGAACAACAUAGUGUCUUAUUUGCUUCAGUAAGUGAUCACUUUGAACUGUGUUUGGCAAAGUGUCGAACUAAUUCUCAAAGUGUACAGCAUGAAAAUUCUUACAAGGAUCCUAGGACCAAACAUUGUUACGGAGAACUUCCUUCAGUUAAUAAUAUAGAUAGGGAAAAUUAGGACGUGUGUGAUAAUAACAAUAUAUGUUACAUUUCUUCUCUUAAAUUGUAUAAAUCAUAAAAAUAUCAGACUCAUUCUAGUUAUUGUCAUCAAAAAUAUAGUUUUAGAUUAUCUUA